GCUGUCGCUCUCUGCCUGUGAGUGCCCGUGGUGAAUUGGUCCAGCAUCCCUGUGCAGGCAAUGGGGCGAAUGUAGAUGUAAAAUAUAUAUAUAUAUCUUGUUUGAAUUUUUUUAAUUCAAAAAAAGCUUAUUGUGAUCGUGGAGCAAGUUUUCGGCGUUGGCAGCUUGCAAUGAGGGAAGGAAAAUAUGACAGUCUGGAUUUUGUUUUGCACCGCUGUGGAGCACGGACCGUUACAUUGAGAGAAAUAAUGCGGAAUAUUUCCUCCUGUAGGUGUUAACGCAGAAAAUACAAGAUGAAGAAGCAGUUCAAUCGGAUGCGACAGCUCGCCAACCAAACGGUGGGAAGGGCAGAAAAAACAGAGGUGCUGAGCGAGGACCUUCUACAGGUGGAGAAGCGUCUGGAUUUGGUCAAGCAGGUGACACAUAGCACUCAUAAGAAGCUGACUGCCUGCCUGCAGGGUCAGCAGGGGACUGACGUGGAGAAGAGAUCAGUCAAGUCACCUUCUAAAAAACUACCGCUCACAAUCCUGGCACAGUGUAUGGUAGAAGGGGCUGCAGUGUUGGGAGAUGACUCUCUCCUGGGGAAGAUGCUGAAGCUGUGCGGGGAGACAGAGGAGAAGUUGGCCCAGGAGCUCCUCCAGUUUGAGUACCAGAUAGAGAGAGAUGUGGUGGAGCCUCUCUAUGUGCUUGCUGAGGUGGACAUUCCCAACAUCCAGAAACAGAGGAAGCACUUAGCUAAACUCGUCUUGGACAUGGACUCGGCACGGACAAGAUAUCAACAGUCGUCCAAGUCAUCCAGUCACCCGAGCACUCUGCAGCCUGGCGCCAAGUCCGAGUCCCUCAGAGAGGAGAUGGAAGAGUCAGCCAAUCGGAUGGAGAUUUGUAGGGAUCAGUUGUCAGCAGAUAUGUACAAUUUUGUGGCCAAAGAAAUAGACUAUGCAAAUUACUUCCAGACACUGAUAGAAACACAGGCAGAAUAUCACAGGAAGUCAUUAGAGAUUCUUCACAGUGUCCUGCCCCAGAUUAAAGCUCACCAAGAGGCGUGGGUGGAGAAGCCGUCAUUUGGCAAGUCUCUGGAGGAACACCUGAAUAUUAGCGGCAGAGAGAUCGCCUUCCCCAUCGAAGCCUGUGUCACCAUGCUGCUAGAGUGCGGCAUGCAAGAGGAGGGCCUCUUCAGAGUGGCUCCGUCAGCCUCCAAGCUGAAGAAGCUGAAAGCCUCCCUGGACUGCGGAGUUCUGGAUGUGCAGGAGUACUCCUCCGACCCACACGCCAUCGCAGGGGCUCUGAAAUCAUACCUCCGUGAGCUCCCCGAGCCAUUGAUGACCACUGAACUUUAUGAUGAAUGGAUUCAGGCCUCCAACAUUCAAGAUAUGGACAAGAGGCUACAAGCAUUGAUGGCAGCGUGUGAAAAACUCCCCACAGACAACUUGAACAAUUUCAGAUAUCUAAUCAAAUUCUUAGCCAAGCUGAGCGAGUAUCAAGAUGCCAAUAAGAUGACUCCUGGCAACAUGGCGAUUGUCCUUGGCCCUAACUUGCUCUGGACACACACUGAACCAAACAUGACAGAGAUGAUGACCACCGUGUCCCUGCAGAUUGUUGGCAUCAUAGAGCCCAUUAUCCAGCAUGCUGACUGGUUCUUCCCUGGAGAGAUUGAAUUCAACUUGACAGGCAGCUACGGCAGCCCGAUCCACACCAACCACAACUCCAACUACAGCUCCAUGCCCUCGCCAGACAUGGACCAAUCCGAUCGCAAGCAGCAGCACGACCAGAGCCGACGCCCACUGAGCGUCGCCACUGACAACAUGAUGCUGGAGUUUUACAAGAAGGAUGGCAUUAGGAAGAUACAAAGCAUGGGCGUCCGGGUUAUGGAUACCUCCUGGGUGUCUCGCAAGGGUUCAUCCACGCUGGCACGCAAAGCCUCCUCCACCCCUCCGGGCAUGCAGGGCCCCGGCUCCCCCGCGGACACGCUCAUCCCAGAGCAGCCCGGAGAGCUCGCCACCUCCCCGUCGGCGACGCCGCCGCUGGGAGAAAGGUUUUGCUCAGACAACGUGUCGCCCAAUCGGCCGGACACCUCUCAUGCCCACCCACCCCCAGGGGAGGACCGGCCACCCCCCCCUUACCCCACCUCCUCGUGCCACACUCUCCCCCACCACUUCUACCCCAAACCCCCGCCCUGCGCUCGCCCUGUGGCACCAGGUCCAGAGUCCCAGCCCCCAGGCUCCCCCCCGCCCCCGAUGCGCUGGUCUGGCUUCACCCCCCCAGCCCCACCCCCUUCCUCCUCUUCCUCCUCCUCCUCCUCGUCACUCGACAUCAAUUCGAACCCCAAGCCCAGCUGUCUGCACUUCCCCAAGCACAGUCCGCCUGGUGACAUGUCGCAUGCCCCCCCACCAGACACUAACGCUUCACCACUCUACAUCAAAACCCCCUUGGUACUAACCCGCCAUGACCAGUCCCUUGGCAACCCCCCUAGCCUCCCUUCGUCCGCACCCCCGCCCCCGCCGUGGGCUGCCUGUCCAUGUGCCCGAGAGAGAGGACCCCCCAGGCUGACUAGUUCAUUGAAGAGUAAAGAGCUCUCCCCUGUAAUUGGACACAAAGCCAUCCAGGUGGCAGGUCCAACAGUCCCUCCCAGCAGCAGUCCUCAGAGCAGCAGUCAGUCCCCCCACUCCACAGAGCACAGUCCACACACCCUGCGCAAAGGUUCCAAGAAGUUGGCCCCUGUGCCUCCCAAGGUCCCUUAUGGCCAGUCUGGCGGGAUGUCCGACCAGUCAACAGGUCAGCCGUCACCGGUCAGCCUGUCCCCCACACCACCUAGCACCCCGUCCCCUUAUGGACUGGCCUGCCCCCCAGGGCAAGUGCCCCCAUCCUCCCCUGGGCAGACCCCAUUGGGGGCUCCCCACUCCCUCUCGUCCCCGCCCUCCCUGACCGGAACACUCACCAAGUCUCGGCCCGCCCCUAAACCCAGGCAGAGACCCAGCCUGCCCCCUCCUCAGCCGCCCACAGCCCCUCCGGGGCUCACUGGCCCGGCCGUGGCCCCAGUUCCCCAGCCCCUGGAGCAGGGCCUCCUGGAUGGACUGUCUCCUGGGGAGAGCAUGUCUACAGAUAUCUUCAAUUAUGAAAUCCCCUCCAUCAAUGUCAAUCUGGACAGCCUCAUCGAUGAGUUCAGCGGUGCCCCCUGCAGGAGGUCCCUGGCAGUGACAGACUCUCCAGAGGGGGACGCUGUGCCUGCUGAGGAGGAGCCACAGAGCACCACUCUAUGACCUAUGACCCUAAGGCAUCACAGCUUACCAGCACCCCUAUGGCUGUACAUACUCUUUAACUGUCGCCGCCAAGGCCUGAUGGAAACACCAAUUGGCCUCACCAAUGCCCACCUGAAACCAGAACUCGAACCCUCCCUCACAUCUGCUACAGGCUGCAAAGAAACUCAUCUCUUACAAUUGCUCGCUAAUACAUAAAUGUGACUACAAAAAAAAAAAAACACCAAAAUGCCAUAGUGGAGGAACAGUUGCCUUUAGGAGGAAAGACUGGAAUAUAGAUGAGUAUUACAUUACAAAGAUUUUUUCAGUCGUUUCUUUUUUUUUUUCUUUUGCUUUACUUUGUUCAUCUUUGUUGUUUGAUGCAGUGAUCUGUGCAUUUUUUAUUUCUUUUUGCCUUAUUAGAACAUGCAAUCAAAUUGCAAUAUGAUAUUCAUGAGUUGUACAACUUUUGGUUAGGGAAACUCAGAGCCUGACGUUGUUAGGAGCAAAGCCCAUCCUCAGGGUUAAACAGAGAGACAGAGCGAGAGAGUAAUCUGGUUAUAUUGCUCACAGGGUAUUCAAAAGCUUUGUGCACAUUAAGGAAAACGCUGAGCCAGGCAGGUUGUUUGAAUCAUUUAAUGCAGUUUGAUUCUUAUCGUCACACCCAGUUUUGAUUUCCCUUCCUCUAUCACAUUUUACAACUGUAGUUCUUUACCUGACAUUUACCCUCACACAGAUAAACUCACUUUAACUCACUUUAUACCAGCACAGUAUGAGAAGAAUGUUAUUGUAAAUUCAAGUUUUCGAACUUGUAUCUGUUAUUCACUUACAAAGAAAGCACCAAGAUGUGUUUGCAUGACAAGCCAAUAUGGUCGAACUGCUUCGGAUCCAGGGCCUCAGAAUGGCAGUGUUUUUAAUUUGUGUGACUGUUUUCGUUGUCGUCGUUGUCGUCCUUGGAGAGUAAAUUUAGCCCACCCCACGUGCUGUUACAGUUUGAUGAUAAUGGAUGGAUGAGUACACUGCCUUUAGGUUCUUAUGAUUCUCUCUCUUAACCUUGUUUCAAGUGCUUCAGGUUCAGUGACCUUUGACCCCUAGUGUAAAUAAAAAGACUGUACAUAAAUUGAUGUAUAUAUAAAUCUGAGAGGAAAAGUAUAUGUAAAAUGCAUAUCUUGAAUAUAUAUAAUAAUAAUAAUAUAUGUGCUGAUAUUUAUCAUGUGUAGAAAAUGUAAUGAUUAAAAUUUUGAUGUUAUUUUUGUCCCUGCACACGAUGAACAGGUCUACUGUAGAUUCAUAAUCUUUCACUUUUAGCACCAGGUAACAACAAUGCUGCAGCAGAAAUGCAGAAUGUUAUUUCUGCUAGAAAAACAAUUGUGGUCUUUCUAAUUCUGCCUCCUGAGCUUUGACUUGAUACAUGCUAGAGUGAGUAACACACCAAUGCCCUAUAUCUUUGCUUCUUAUUUAAUUUGAUAGAUUCCUGUGUAAAUAAUUAGAUUACUUUGAGCCCACUUGGACCAUUUAAUUAAUUCAUAAUGAGGCUAAAUGUAGUCGUAAGCCUAUGUUGUUGGACUGACUAUAACAAAAGUAAAAAUUCUAGCUUUUUCAAUCAGAAAAGCUAACGUAAUCAAAUUCGGCACACCUGCUGUAUCACUUUAUAAAUUUGAAAAUCUUUUGCGUCCUUUGUUGGUAUUCUCGCCACAGAUAAUUAAUUAGAGAUAUUUCAAAUUCAUCAGAUGACAGAUGCUGCAGUGUCACUUUUUUAAUUUCCUUCAGAAUGUCUUAGGACAAUAGUUUUUGUCAAUUUAAGUGCAAUUACACUGUUUACUGAUCCACCUCAGUCCAAAAAGUGGUCAAAGUCACCCUCCCCAAACCUUCAGAAAAAAAAGCCAUUAAUUUUAUUGCAAAGCAAUUAUCCUUUUUUUUGUUUUGUUUUGUACUGAGUUGAUUUUAUGUGUGAGUUAACUUCUUACAAAAUGAAUUCUAGAUCAACCUCUCUCCAAAAGUGAUCCAUGGUAUGCCUCAGUGUGUGUUCUCAAUGGACUAUGUUUAUGAAGAUUUUGGUGAUGUUGAUAAUUAUAUUGAUAGCUGUGGUGAUUAUAUGACAACAGUUGCAAGUGCCCUCACACUGGUUGUUAUUUUGGAACUAUAGGCAUAAUCAAUGUGUACUAGAGGUUUUAUUGUCUGUGCUGGAUCCAUACAUUUAUACGAGGAGGCAGGGGUACCUCUGAAUGUGACUUACUCAGAUUUCAAAUGGUGAGGUACCUGUUUUGUAAUAACUAACAGGACAAAUGAGAGCUAGGUUUUUUUCUUUCCUUUUUUUGGGGGGAUGAAGGUUAAUUAGGGCCUGUUGGCAUGUAUUAUUAUCAGUGCAGGGCAGUAUUACUGUAAUGCUUUUGUGCAUCAUAACUGGAAAAUACAGCCACCUAAAAGCAUGCAUUCAUAUUCAUUAUAGGUGUGAUUAUUAUGCUGCUGAAAAGAAAAAAAUGUCUGUAUCCUCCCCCCCAAAAAAACACAAGUCAUAAUUUCAUUACAUUUCUAAUUUCAGCCAGUAAAUUAACUUUUCAAGAGCAUAUUCAUAGGAGCCACUUUUUGCACCUAAUGGUACACUGUUGCGUAGUUUUAUCAAGCGUUUUAACUACUGUAGGCCUAUUUCCUAUCUCACCUCACCACCAAGUAUGUUGGUCUAAAGUAAAGCUCAAUUUGUUUACAUUUUGUGGGGGGGAUUUUAAAUGAGAAAAAAAGAGGAAAAUCUGAAAAAGUGUCAUGCAUGCGCUUAGAUAGUCUUUUGAUAAUCCACGUUUUGUGUCAAUCACUGUCUUUUUAGGGAUUGUAAGAGGGGUAAAGAAUAAAAUGACAGACUCUAGAGAAUGUGGAUCACAAGAAAAUGGUCCUUCGUUGGGGUUUUGAGCAAUACGGUAGAGGAGUGGACGUUGCCUGUGGAUGUACUGCCUCCUUCUGCUUUCACUACUAGUGUACAAACGAAAACCUGCCGCUUGUCAAGCCCACCAUGCCCACCCCUUCCUCCUCUGCUUAGCAUAUCAAGUGGAACACAGUGUGUACUGUGAAGCCUACCUGCAAUCCUUAUCAGAAUGUCAGAAAUAAAUAUAUAUAUUAAACUCUACAUUUUUAAUAAUCUCA